AUGGAGACAACCUCACAGAGUUCUUCCAGCUUAAGUUCUUUGAUCACCACCACUAAGUACACCCCAUACAAUCCUCCGAGCUUCACUUCUGUGAUCACCGCCACAGGGAUCAUCUCACACAGUACUCCCAUUUUCACUUCUUCGAUCACCACCACUGAAACCACAUCCCACAAUACUUCCACCUUGACUUCUUCAAUCACCACCACGGAGACUGCAUCCCACAGUACUUCCAGCUUCACUUCUUCGAUCACCAGCACCGAGACCACAUCCCACAGUACUCCCAGCUUGACUUCUUCAAUCACUGCAACAGGGACCACCUCACACAGUACUCCCAGCUUCACUUCUUUAAUCACCAUCACUGAGUCCACAUCCCACAGUACUACCAGCCUCACUUCUUCAAUCACCACCACUGAGACCACCUCACACAGUAUGCCCAGCUUCACUUCUUUGAUCGCCACCACUGAGAUCAUCUCACAUAGUACUCCCAGCUACACUUCUUCGAUGGCCACCACCGAGACACCCUCACACAGUACUCCCAGCUUCCCUUUUUCAAUCACGACCACUGAGACCAUAUCACACAGUACUCCCAGCUUGAAUUCUGCCAUCACCACCACUGACAGCAUGUCACACAGUAUUCCAGGCUUUGCUUCUUCGAUCACCACCAGGGAGACCACCUCACACAGUCCUCCCAGCUUCACUUCCUCAAGCACCACCACUGAGACCCCUUCACAGAGUACUCCCAGUUUGACAUCUCUGAUCACCACCACCGGGACCAGCUCACACAGUACCCUCGGCUUAAGUUCUUCGACUGCCACCACUGAGACAACCUCACACAGUACUGCUGGCUUCACUUCUUCGAUUGCCACCACUGAGACCAAGUCACACAAUACUCCUGGCUUCACUUCUUCCAUUGCCACCACUGACACCAGCUCACACAGUACUAUCAGCUUCACUUCUUCAAUAAACACCACUGAGACCAUAUCACACAGUACUUCCAGCAUCACUUCUUCAAUCACAACCACCAAGAUAAUUUCACGCAGCACUCCCAGCUACACUUCUUCGAUUGCCACCACUGAGACACCCUCACACACUACUCCCAGCUUCACUUCUACGAUCACCACCACCGAGAGUACAUCUCACAGUAAUCCCAGCUUGACUUCUGCCAUCACCACCACUGAGACCAGGUCACACAGUCCUCCCAUCUUCACUUCUUUGAUCACCACCACAGAGACCACCUCACACAGUACUCCCAGCUUCACAUCUUUGAUCACCACCACUGAGACCACCACACGCAUCUUCCAGGCUCCACUUCUGUGA